AUGGAUACUCACAAGAGAGGACACAGCGACACUGUCUCAUCAUCCAACUCUAACGUUGGAUCCAAGAGGCCUAAGCAAAAGAUGGAAUCAAUUUCAACUGGUUUAAGAAGCAAAACAAAGCCAUGCAAAGAUUUUUUCAGCACUAAUGGAUGCCCUCUUGGUGAGAACUGUCGCUUCUUGCACUAUGUACCUGGAGGAUACAAAGCUGUAGCUAAGAUGUUAAAUCUCGAGCCACAAAUUGCUGAAAGUUCCAAAAAGACACAAACCUCUAGUAGUGCUUCUGUUGCCGCCAAGAUCAUUGUUACUGCCAUAAUUGGGAAAGAUGGAAACCGUACCAAACAGCUUUGCCGUGAAACAGGAGUUAAACUACCGAUAGUAGAUCAUGAAAGAGGCCCAAACUUGAAGAAUGUGGAGAUUGAUGGAAACUACGAUCAGAUCAAUGAAGCGAAUGGGAGGAUGAGAGACCUUAUAAGGAGGUUUGGAUCAGAUCCUGCUAAUUCUGCUCCCAGGAGCUCUUACAAAUCGGAGCUCUGUGAGAAAUUUGCUGCUGGGGAGUGUAAUUAUGGGGAUAGAUGCCAUUUUGCGCAUGGUGUAGCUGAGCUGCGUUGGUCGGGGAUUGAUUAGUUGUUUGGUACCUG